GUUUGGUCCGAGCGUUCAGUCGCGCGCCAGCCGGCCUCCUGCCUGGACCGACCGGCCAGGACGUGCACAUGCACGCUCAGCAAGCCCGCGAAACGCGAGUGUGUGUGUGUGUGUGCGUGUGUGUGCAAAGACAGAGAGGCUGCCAACAGACCGCACCGCCCAGCGCGCCCAGCCACCCACCCAGGCUGCCCAGGGCUUGCCGUCAUAGCGGCGCGUAGCGGUGUGACGUCAUGAGUCCCCGCGGCCCCGGGCCUGGCCCCGGGCUCCUCGUCCUCGGCGCCGUCCUGCUAGCCGUCAGCGUGCCUACCGCAGGCGCCGCCAACUCCACCAACAGCACCGCGGGCCACCACCUCCGGCACCAUCGCUACCCCGGCCAGGACUCGGACGGCGCGCUGCAGACCGUCGCCGCCGGAGGGCCCAACGUGUGCCGGUCGCGAUACCGCAACUACUGCUGCCCGGGGUGGACGCUACGUCAUGGCCUGUGCAUCGUUCCCAUGUGCGUGCGCACGUGUUCGGCCGGCAGCUGCGUCAAGCCCAAUGUCUGCAGCUGUCCUCCUGGUGACCAAGACUGCUUGCGUGCCGCCGCCAACGCUACGGCGGGCCAGGGCGGCCAGGGCUGGGGCUCGACGCGGCGUGGCGGCGCCCCCGGCGGCUGCCCUAUCACCUGCCUCAACGGCGGCUCCUGUGUCAACGGAACGUGCUCCUGCCGGCCCGGAUACCAAGGCCCUUACUGCGGCGAGCCCAUCUGCAAGGAGCCGUGCCUGCACGGUGGACGCUGCAUCGGGCCCGACCGCUGCGCCUGCGUCUACGGCUUCAGCGGCCGUCGCUGCGAGGCGGACUACCGCACCGGGCCGUGCUACACCAAGGUGACGGAGGACUCGUGCCACGGCCAGCUGGAGGGCGUGGUGUGCACCAAGCAGCUGUGCUGCGCCUCGGUGGGCCGCGCCUGGGGCCACCCCUGCGAGAAGUGCCCCACCAAGCUGGACUGCGACGCCGGCCACCUCAAGAACAUCCACACGGGCAAGUGCUACGACAUCGACGAGUGCGAGGCCAUCCCCGGGCUGUGCCGCGGCGGCAAGUGCGUCAACUCGGUGGGCUCCUUCACGUGCGAGUGCCCCGACGGCCAGACGCGCAACCCGGAGAACAACGAGUGCGAGGACCGCGACGAGUGCAAGGACGGGCUGGACGCCUCGGGCGAGGCCGUGUGCAAGGACGGCCGCUGCGUCAACACGCAGGGCGGCUUCUACUGCGUCUGCAACCCGGGCUUCAUCCCCCGCCAGGACCGCAGGGGCUGCAUUGACGCGCGCCAGGGCGCCUGCUACGCCUCGGUGACCGACGCGGGGCUGUGCCAGAACCGCCUGCCCAUCCGUCUGUCCAAGAAGGACUGCUGCUGCGGCGUCAACAUGGGCAAGGGCUGGGGAGACUCGUGCGACCGGUGCCCUUCGGUCGGCGAUGCCGCCUUCCGGCACCUCUGCGUGGACGGCUUCCCCGCGGCAGGGCCUGUUGGUCCCGGAGGCACGGGCCCCGGAGGAAUCUCCGGGCCGGGAGGCAUCGGCCUCCGGGGCCCAUCUGGCAUCCCAGGCGCGCCCGGAGGCCCUGGAGGCCCAGGAGGACCCCCAGGCUUCGGUGGUGGUGGCGGCUGGGCGGGCCCCGGCCUCAGCGGCCUCUCGCACCGCGUGGACGAGUGCAGCAUGCUGCCCGGCAUCUGCGGGCACGGGCGCUGCGUGGACCAGCCCAUGGGCUACACCUGCGAGUGUGAUGCCGGAUUCAAGCAGGGCCCCUCCCAAGUGUGUGAAGAUGUGGACGAGUGCGCGGACCUGCAGUACUGCAAGGGAGGCACCUGCACCAACUCUCUGGGCGGCUUCACCUGCGUGUGCCCGCCCGGCUUCGACCUCUCCGCCGACAACAAGCUGUGCCUAGACCACGACGAGUGCCAAGAGAACGGCAUGUGCGCCAACGGCGAGUGCGUCAACAUGCACGGCUCCUUCAAGUGCCAGUGCCACGCCGGCUUCAUCCUGUCCCCCACCGGCCACUCCUGCAUCGACGUGGACGAGUGCUUCGAGAACCCGCGCAUGUGCCUGCACGGCCGCUGCCGCAACACCCCCGGCUCCUACGACUGCGAGUGCAGCCCCGGCUUCACGGCGUCGCCGGACCGCUCGUACUGCGUGGACACGGACGAGUGCGCCGAGACGGGCAUGUGCGGCAAGGGCCGCUGCGUCAACAUCGACGGCUCGUUCCGGUGCGUGUGCGACCCCGGCUACCGGCUCGGCGCCGACCACAAGCAGUGCGAGGACAUCGACGAGUGUGCCGCCAGGCCCUGCCUCCACGGCCGCUGCAUCAACACCCAGGGCAGCUUCAAGUGCGAGUGCCCUCCCGGGUUCGCCCUCGGCCCGGGCGGACGGUCGUGUGAAGACACGCGGCGCGACCUGUGCUACUCGUCGUUCCGCGACGGCGUGUGUUCGGGGCCCAGCACGCUGCCCGUGACGCGCUCCAGCUGCUGCUGCUGCACCGUCAUCUUCGGCCAGCCCUCCGGCUGGGGGACGCCCUGCCAGCAGUGCCCCACGGCGGGCACGGCCGAGUUCGACCUGCUGUGCCCGCACGGGCCCGGCAUGACUUUCAGCGGCGACGACAUCAACGAGUGCGCUCAGAACCCCAACCUGUGCCCCAACGGCGCGUGCGAGAACCUGAUGGGCAGCCACCGCUGCAUCUGCAACCCGGGCUACCAGGUGGACGCCACGGGCAAGGUGUGCACGGACAUCAACGAGUGCGAGCUGGACGACAUGGUCUGCAACGGCGGCCAGUGCCGCAACACGCCGGGCACCUACCAGUGCAUCUGCGACCCGGGCACGCGGUUCAACGACACGACGCAGAUGUGCGAGGACGUGGACGAGUGCCUGGAGCUGGGCGAGGAGGCCUGCAUCAACGGCGAGUGCGUCAACACCAGGGGCUCGUACGAAUGCCGCUGCGGCCCGGGCACCAUGCUGGACAACACGGGCCGCGUCUGCAUCGACAACCGGCGGGGCUCGUGCUGGACGCGCAUGGUGGCGGGGCGCUGCGAGAACAACCUGCCGCGACUGACGCUGCGCGCCGAGUGCUGCUGCUCGGUGGGCGUGGCCUGGGGCAGCCCCUGUGAGGCGUGCCGGCCCGACGAGUGCGGCAAGGGCCGCGACGCCUGCCCCAAGGGCUACGCCAAGGUGGACGGCAAGGCGUGCACCGACAUCAACGAGUGCGACCUCAACGAGGGCAUCUGCCGCGGCGGCGGCACGUGCGUCAACACCGAGGGCUCCUUCACGUGCCAGUGCCCGCCGGGGCUCACCCUCGACCCCACGGGUACGCUGUGCCAGGACCUGCGGCAGGAGCGCUGCUUCCUGGACUACCGGCACGGCGAGUGCGUGAACGCGCUACCCGGGCUGUUCCCGCGCUCCAUCUGCUGCUGCACCACUGUGGGCCGCGGCUGGGGCGGCGCGGACAGCGGCAAGUGCGACGCGUGCCCCAAGCAGGGCUCGCAGGCCUACCAGGAGCUGUGCCCCCGGGGCACGGGCUUCGUGGACCGGCGCGACAUCAACGAGUGCACGGAGUUCCCCGGCAUCUGCGAGAACGGGCGCUGCAAGAACACGCCCGGCGGCUACUCGUGCCGCUGCAACCAGGGCUACUCGCUGGACGAGAACGGCGUCAAGUGCCUGGACAUCGACGAGUGCACCAUCAUGUCCGGGACGUGCGGCGACGGCGUGUGCCAGAACACGGCGGGCGGCUUCGUCUGCAAGUGCAACGAGGGCUACGAGAACACGAAAGUGAUGCAGGUUUGCGUGGACGUCAACGAGUGCGAGCGGAUCCCCGGGCUGUGCCGCGGCGGCUCCUGCGUCAACACCCAGGGCAGCUACAAGUGCGAGUGCCCCCCGGGCCACGAGCUGGCGCCUAACCAGAAGUCCUGCAAAGACAUAGACGAGUGCUCGCGGACAAGCGGCAUCUGCUCGAACGGCGUGUGCGAGAACAUGAUGGGCACGUACCAGUGCGUGUGCGACGACGGCUACCAGCAGUCCGGCGCCCAGGGCUCCCACUGCGAGGACCUCAACGAGUGCGACAGCGGCAACGGCGGCUGCGAGGACAUCUGCGUCAACUCGCCGGGCAGCUUCUCCUGCGCCUGCAGCCCGGGCUUCACGCUGCAGGUGGACGGGCGCACCUGCAAGGACGUGGACGAGUGCAAGGAGAACAAGCGCGUCUGCAACGGCGGCCAGUGCACCAACACGCUGGGCUCCUUCUUCUGCACGUGCGGCGACGGGCUGCUGUCCGGGCCCGGCGGGGGGCCCUGCAUCGACGUGGACGAGUGCAAGGAGCGCGGCUCCGAGGCGUGCGGCCCGGGGUCGUGUUACAACACGCUGGGCUCGUACCAGUGCCAGUGCGAGGACGGCUACUCGGCCAAGGCGGGCGCGGGCGAGCAGUGCACCGACGACGACGAGUGCGAGCUGGCCGUGCACAACUGCGACGCCAACGCCGAGUGCGUCAACACGCCGGGCUCGCACUCCUGCCGCUGCAAAGACGGCUUCACCGGCAACGGGGUCACCUGCAGGGACGUCAACGAGUGCCUGACAAACAACGGGGGCUGCGACCAGAACGCUCAGUGCGUCAACACAGACGGCUCCUUCAAGUGCGUGUGCGACUCGGGCUUCCGCGGCGACGGCUACCAGUGCGUCGACAUCGACGAGUGUGCCGAGGACGACAAGCUCUGCGAGAACGGCCACUGCCUCAACUACCCGGGCUCGUUCCGCUGCGAGUGCGAGAUGGGCUUCGUGCACAAGGACGACCGCUUCCAGCAGACCUGCGUCGACAUCAACGAGUGUGAGAGCUUCAACAACCUGUGCGUGUUCGGCCGCUGCAUCAACACCAUCGGCAUGUUCCAGUGCAAGUGCAACGAGGGCUACGAGCUGGACGACUCCAAGGGCAACUGCACGGACAUCAACGAGUGCGACAGCCCCGGGGCGUGCCUGUACGGGCUGUGCGUCAACACGCAGGGCAGCUUCGUGUGCCAGUGCCCGCCCAACUACGAGCUGGAGGGCAACGCCUGCAUCGGUGAGGCGCGCGGCCGCGGCGGCCAGACACGGGGCAACAAAAAGGCUGCACUCCGGUCGCCACAGCGCGGCGGCGCUUUGUGCUGCGCUCUAAUUCAAAGCCUCGUGGCGGCCGCACAAAAAAAAGACGUGGAAUUACACGAGGCCUGCCUGCCUUUUACCCCCAAAAAAAAAAUUUUUUUGAUCCCGGAGGACAUCAACGAGUGCGACGACGUGCCCGGACUGUGCAAGGGCGGCCACUGCACCAACACGUUCGGCAGCUUCAUCUGCUCGUGCCGCGACGGCUUCCGCCUCGACAACUCCACCAUGGUGUGCGUGGACGUGGACGAGUGCCGCGAGAACCCCGGCCUGUGCGGCGUGGGCGCGUGCGAGAACGUGGCCGGGUCGUACCGCUGCAUCUGCCCGGACGGCUUCGUCCUCCGGCCCGGCAGCCAGGACUGCGUGGACACGCGCCGUGAGGAAUGCUACACGUCGCUGGAGAACGGGCGCUGCUCGGCGCCCAUGUCCAACCCCCAGACGCUGAUGCUGUGCUGCUGCUCCAUGGGCGCGGCGUGGGGCCGCGACUGCCAGCCCUGCCCCACGGCCAACACGCACGAGUACCACCAGCUCUGCGGCGUGAUGAAGCCGGGCCAGCUGGUGGACCCCUGGACCAACAAGACGGAGGAGAUCGACGAGUGCCGCCUGAUGCCGCAGAUGUGCAGCCACGGCGUGUGCCUCAACGUGCCGGGCAGCUUCGAGUGCCAGUGCCACCGCGGCUACGUCUACGACCUGGACUCGCACCAGUGCAUCGACGACAACGAGUGCAUCCGCUUCCCCAGCCCGUGCGAGGGCAACGCGCAGUGCAUCAACACCCCGGGCAGCUUCCAGUGCCAGUGCUCGCCGGGGUACACCCUGGGCGUCAGCAUGCGGGACUGCGAGGACAUCGACGAGUGUGCCGAGCGGCCGGGCAUCUGCCGCGACGGCACGUGCCACAACCUGCAGGGCAGCUUCCAGUGCCAGUGCCGCCAGGGCUUCCAGCUGAACGCGGCGCGGGACUCGUGCGUGGACGUGGACGAGUGCGCGCGCCAGCCCAGCCUCUGCGGCAACGGCACCUGCGUCAACAGCCUGGGCUCGUACCGCUGCCACUGCUACCCGGGCUUCAAGAUCGGGCCCAACAACGACUGCAUCGACACGGACGAGUGUCGCACGGCGCCCUUCCUGUGCCGCAACGGCCGGUGCCGCAACAGCAUGGGCUCCUUCCACUGCGAGUGCGCGGACGGCUACACCCUGUCCGUGGACGGCCAGCACUGCAGGGACCUCGACGAGUGCAAGGAGCAACCCGGCCUGUGCCCGCCGCCAGGGAAGUGCCUCAACCUGAUGGGGUCCUUCCAGUGCACCUGCCCGCCCGGCUACCAGCUGGACUCCCGGAACCACGCCUGCGUGGACGUGGACGAGUGCCUGUCCUCGUCCAACCUCUGCGAGGGCGGCACAUGCGUGAACCGCGAGGGUGGCUUCGACUGCAAGUGCCCGCCGGGCUGGGAGCUCAGCCCCACCGAAGUCAAGUGCCUGGACCGCCGCCAGGACUACUGCUACGAGACGGCGUACCGGGGAACCUGCGCGGAGCCCCGCAUGAAGGCCAUCACCAUGAAGGAGUGCUGCUGCUCCAUGGGCGCGGCGUGGGGUCGCGGCUGCCAGGACUGCCCCAUCCCCGGCUCGGACGAGUUCCGGCGGCUGUGCCCGAUGGGCGAGGGCCACGGCGACCACGGCGAGGACCUCAACGAGUGCGCCAUGAUGCCGGACGCGUGCGUGGGCGGCGAGUGCGUCAACACGGACGGGUCCUUCCGCUGCGAGUGUCCGCAGGGCUACCGCCUGGACGGCUCAGGCAAGAAGUGUGUCGAUGAUAAUGAGUGCUUGACGCAAAGCGGCAUUUGUGGCAAUGGUACGUGCACGAACGUGGAGGGUAGCUUCGAGUGCUCGUGCAACGACGGUUUUGCGCCGGGCCCCAUGCAGGUCUGUGAGGACGUGAACGAGUGCCGCGAGAUGGGCAACCAGUGCGCCUUCCGCUGCCACAACGUGCCGGGCUCCUUCCGCUGCUUCUGCCCCUACGGCUACGCGCUCGCGCCCGACGGCCGGCACUGCGAAGACGUGGACGAGUGCGCCACGCCAGCCAACAACUGCAAGUACCAGUGCAAGAACCUGAUCGGCACCUUCAUGUGCAUCUGCCCGGAGGGGUACACUCAGGUGGGCUCCUCGGACGACUGCCGCGACGUGGACGAGUGCGCCACCAAGCCCGGCCUGUGCAGCAACGGCAACUGCGUCAACCUGCAGGGCUCGUACCGCUGCGACUGCGCCGAGGGCUACCGCCGCAGUCCGGACGGCAAGUCUUGUCUGGACGUGAGGCUGGGCUACUGCUUCAAGCAGCUGGUCGGCGGCCAGUGCUCCUCGCGCACCGACAGCCUCAUGCCCGUCACCAAGAUGGACUGCUGCUGCACCAUCGGCGCGGCGUGGGGCCCGCAGUGCGAGCCCUGCCCGUCGAGGGCCUCACACGACUACGAGGCCCUGUGCCUCGACACGGGCAUCACCAAGGACGGCCAAGACAUCGACGAGUGCGCCACCAUCCCGGACCUCUGCAGGCACGGCAAGUGCAUCAACACCAUGGGGUCCUACCGCUGCAUGUGCAACAAGGGCUACAAGCCAGACCACAAUGGCAACAACUGCAUCGACGUGAACGAGUGCGCCGAGUCGCCGUCGCCGUGCCAGUUCUCGUGCCAGAACACGGACGGCAGCUACACGUGCGGCUGCGCGCAGGGCUACGUGCUGGCCGCGGACCGGGCCACGUGCGUGGACCUGGACGAGUGCGCCACGGGGCAGCACCGCUGCCAGAGCGAGUGCACCAACACGCCGGGCAGCUACACGUGCUCGUGCCCCAAGGGCUUCACCAGCGAGGGCGACGCCUGCAUCGACGUGGACGAGUGCGACGACCAGGACGUGUGCCCGUCGCCCGGCACCUGCAUCAACACGCGCGGCAGCUUCAAGUGCAUGUGCCCGCGCGGCUACAAGCUGGACCCCGCCGGCACGCGCUGCACCGACAAGGACGAGUGCGCCGACGACUCCAAGUGCGAGCACGGCUGUCAGAACCUGAUCGGUAGCUACCGAUGCCGGUGUCCUGAGGGCUUCGUGCCGCACCCCUUCUUCAACGACUGCGUGGACGAGAACGAGUGCUCCUCCGGCACCAGCCCCUGCGGCAGCGGCAGCUGCGUCAACACCAUGGGCAGCUACCGGUGCGGCUGCCCCGACGGCUACCAGUACGACAGCGGCAUGGCCGUGUGCCUACAGGCCGCUACUGCGUGUCUUGGAAGCCCUUGUUCAUUUGGGUGCUCCCCCAUGGGCAAUGCAGGCUUUGCGUGCGGUUGUCCCGUGGGUUAUCAGAGUAUUGGGCAGGGACACUGCCUCUCCAGUAUUAGCCCGCUGGGCUCACACAUUCCUGAUCUGGGUGUUCCCACCUACCCUAUCGAUCCUGCAAGCGAUCCUUAUCAAGUACCUCAUGAAAAGUUGAUUUCCACAGAGGGAUGCUUUUCUUGCAAGAAUGGUAGAGGGAGACAUCGAAGAUCAGCUAAAGACAGUGAGGCCCACAAGAAAAAUGUUACUCUUGCGGCCCACAGAUUUUUCUGGCAGGAAAGAGUGAACCAAGAAUCAUUGCUACCUGUUACUAGAGCAAGACGACACCAGCAUGGUGUGGCCGAGUUCCGUGAAAUAAAAAUAAACCUAGCCCAGACUAAACAUAGGAUGAGAUUAGUCAAAUUACAGCCAGCUGUGAAGAAUGAUUUUAUGUAUGUAAUUAAGCAUGGAAAUGAAGAUGGUGUAUUUGAACUCAUCCGCAAACAUGGAGUAUGGGCUCUUCAUUUUAGACAUCGGCUCAAGUCUCCUGGAACCUUCCACUUGGAAGUAGAGGGAAGGCCAUUAAUUGCACAGCAGAACAGGGAAUGGGAGAAACCUUUGGCAUUACGGCUUAAAAUUGUUGUUGAGCCUUAAAAUAUAAAUGUGCUUGUUUUGUAUGAUAUAUGUGUCAGUGAGAACAAAUAAUUUCCUUAUGAUUCCGGACUGCCACCUACGAGCCAACCGGGGCUCAUACGAGAAAGUGGUGUGGAUUUGUGAUUUGUUGUGAGUAGUUGUGUGGAGGAUGAGAGACAAUAAAAUGGAAGAAAAAGCCAAAGGUUAUUCAAUUGGACAAAAUUUAGGGGUUGAAUCUCUGACCAGGGCUUCUCUUAUGGAAAAAGUUAACUAGUUAAGCCCACUUGUUUGAUGUGUUCAUUGAUGAAAUAAAAGAAUUUGCAGAGUUGUGAACAGUUGGCUAGGGGUUUCAUAUUUUGGUACGGAAAAGAAAUAAAAUAGAAGCCAACAGUGACUUUAACAAUAAAAAUAAACUUUAUAUUGAAU